GUGAUCUUAUCAUUCCAUGUCGGAUAAAUAGUGUUGGUGAUUCGGGGAUUUUGGCCUUGUUUUUUAGUUUGCCAUUCAAAUUCAGUUCGCUCGUAUUUAAAUAACAUAAGGUGUCAGUUUUUAGCCGCUAAAGCUACCUAUACAUCAGCUGCAGCAUCGUUUCCCUCCUGGCAUUCAGUCGAAAUUCAUCUGUUGUGCUCAGUGUGGUGUCGGUCAGGAUGUUACAUAAUGCGGUGGUGGUGUAAGCUGUUGAUGCAAGGCUAACAAACAACAUUUUUAAAAACGUUAAAAAGAAACUUUUGUUUCCUCAAACGACGUUAUUGAUCCAGACUGGGUCUCGGUUCACGAUGGCAUUCAAUAGGACAUAUAUUAGCAUAGGAUAUGCGACUUUCGGGACUCUGGUCGGGCUGUCGGCGUUUGUGGUCUGGAAUAUCGCCUAUAAGCAGCCAUGGACGGCGGCCAUGGGAGGCCUCUCGGGAGUUCUAGCUCUCUGGGCUCUCGUCACACACAUCAUGUACGUUCAGGACUACUGGCGCACCUGGCUCAAAGGUCUGCGGUUCUUCAUCUGCGUCGGGGUGACCUUCUCGGCUUUGGCCCUCGCCGCCUUCUUCACAUUUCUAAGUCUGGCGAUUAAAGAAAAGCAGUCUCUCACAGACCCCAGGAGCCUUUACCUGUCCUGCGUGUGGAGCUUCCUGACCCUAAAGUGGUCUUUCCUCCUGGCGUUGUACUCCUACAGAUACCGUCAGGAGUUUGCAGACAUCAGCAUCCUCAGUGAUUUCUGAAGAGCAGUGAUUUUAUAGACUUGCAGAGGACAUUGAGGGAUUUUAGCAGGCGUUGAUCCAGACGUUUGUGACAAAGAUUGAAGGGGAAAAAAGAAAAUCAAAUGAGGGUGGAUUUUAAGCAAGUCCCCUGACUUUAAUCACAUGGAGUUACUCGUUUAAGUUGCUAAACAAGCGCUUUCUUUUCCUCGUAGCUUGUGUUUUUGUUGUAAACCUGUACUCUAGAUUCACGUCGAGAGCAACAGCUCCAAAGACUGGAACUGCUUCAGAAGGCAAAAAAGCUUCGUAUGAAGGGUCUGAUUUUAUCUUUGCAAUAUCUUAUUGUGAAAAUACUUGUAUUUGUCAAACGAAGUGAUUCUGACUUCUCUAAACCAAAACAAAGGUGCUGUGAGAAAGCGACAACACAAAGGAGUGUUUGCUAGUUUGAAGACAAACUUUAAAAAGAGCAGACGUUUGAGUCUUUCUGAAAAGUGUGAACACUUUGAUGACAACACCGAAAAUGUCUGUUUUUAUCUAAUAAAAAACCACUGAUGCACACUUUAAGACUCACACUACGCCACAAGCUGCACCUAGACCUUUAUAUGCGAGUGGAGAUUACUUCAGCUUUUGUGAAAGUGACUCUUCAAGACGUGAAUAGCUCUGAUUAUGUUUCAGUCGGUAACUGAACGUGCAAUUUUUUAGGGAUGCUGAUUUGCAGCUGGUUUUUCAGUUUGUGACUUUUAUCCACCACGUAAAUUUUUUUCUUGUGGUUUUAUUUUCACUAACCUUCGCUGGAGCUGUUUUUUUUAUGUCAUCACUCUCACUCAUCCUGCUUGUGUUUGCUUUGAAAACAGUGCAUUUAAAAAAAUCUUAGUGUUGAUAUAGAAUUUUGUAUUGAUUUUAUUUUUUGCCACUCCCGAUUAAAAUGGCUUUUUUUUUUAAUUGGAAAAAUAAUUUUUUUUCCUGUGUCGAUCAUGUUUGGGGGGAAAAAAAAGUUGUAACAAAUGUGCUUUUAUUGUUGCACUGAGGAGAGAUGUGUUUCUCAGUCACUAAAUCCUCUGACAUUCCUCUUUUAUAGCAAACUCAAUUGAUAUGAUCAAUAAUUGCACUUUAGUUGAAGACGUGGAUGUGCUUGUUUUGCACACCGUUUCUGACAAAAAGAUGAAGCCGCUGUCAUUUCAGUCUCUCUGCUUCCAUGUUGACGAGCUGUUCAUACAUAUCCAUCACCUUUUCCAGUCUCUAGGAAUGUGUAGGUCAAAGUACAACUGUUCUGAAAUGUUUUACUUCCACUUUUAGUUAUUUUUUAAAUAAUUUUAAUGUUACCAUGAACUAUGUCAAAGUAUGACUUGCGGUUGAUGAAUGAAUGUGAAGAAACUACAUGUACAUAAAAACCAAAAACAUCAGAUAUGCUUGUUGUUCAUGAUGUAUUGUCUCCCUACAAAAUAAAAGUGUUGUAUAAACUGCC